GUCGUGAAAGUCGUUCACUGUGUGGGGUAGUUGUGUAAGAAGAGAAUUGUUAAGAAUAUAGUGGAUGUGGAAUGGAUGGCCGAAUGUGCUCGGACGAUUCGCGAUAGCUCUCUCUUUUACAUAUCAUUAAUUAAAUAAUCGACAGCAUAAAUCAUUAUCAUCUACAUGACAAAAUGUCGGGACAGGGUUCACAGCGGGUUCCAAAAUCGUCGCCUUGCUCCUCAUCAAAGCAGGGUCCAAUGAGAGCUACACUGCCCAUGUCGUCCCUUUUGAGACAAGGAAGUAAUAUCAGAAAAAGUAAAAGCAACAGCCCUACGUUAUCGCCAACGUCCGCCUGGAAAACGAGAAUAUCACCGGAGGCUUCUUUAUCGGGUCAAAGAAGCCCCGGAUCUUUGAGUUAUAAAGGCAAAUCGAAAACCUUAAAUUCUCGUUCAAGUCAUGGGUUUAGUGGCAAUAACGUCAUACGACGUACAGCUUCCUUGGACACAAUAUAUUUGAAAGGACAGUGGCCAAAAGAAAGUUUCUACAUGUAUUGUGGCCAUCUCCUGGUAGACAAAGCCACACAGACGGAAGAGUGGACCAGUGAACAAAGAAAGUCAUAUAGGUAUUCAGAAUCUGGAAGUAAUGAAGAUAAAUUAGAGAAAUAUAUAAGGCAUAGGUUGCAAAGAACAAAUAAGGAAGGUACAAGUAGCCGUGAGAGGACUGCUGCUUUUGGUUUGAUCUUGCAACAGAGUACAACAGUACCCCUUAGCGAGCAUGCGCCAACAUUGCUGCCUAGUACGGGUACGAACACCAUGCCUGCCACUGCCACAGGUACAAACACAACUAAGGCAAUUCUGGUCACCAUUCCAGUAAAACCAAUAGUGCCUCGGCCCACAAUGAGGAGUUCGAUAGAGGGGCUGAACCAAGAGAUAGAGAGGCUAGUGCUGAAAGCUGGAGGCGGUCCACAGGAUUCUGAAAGGGAAGAGGAGAAGUUGCAGACAUACCAAGCGACACCAGAAGGACACCGAGCGCCACUGGCAGAUCUGCUGAGGUCGACGCGUUCAGUCAACACGCAGACUCCAGCUGGUGGUGAUUUUACAGGGAGUUCUCAAUCUUCAGGACCACCAUCGCGAGAAUCUGUUUCACCCAUGAUCCCUGGGUCAAUGGAUCUGUCAAGGCCUCCAAGUGAUUUCCAAGGUGGCAGUAGAGGAUCAUCUCCAGACCAAGAAACUAGCCGGCUAGGUACUUCACCGCACAUAAACAAGUUCCUCGCAAGGGAGCCCCCUGAUGGCUGUGAAAAAGUAAACCUUAAGUUUAUAGAAGAUACAAGGCCAAUGAUAGACUUAACCAAAAUGGAUUACUGCCCCCUGAAGCCCUGUGUUACUUUUGAGCUGAAACCGAGUCUGGGCUCAGCUUUCUACCCACCACAGCAGCAACGUGCUGAUAAUGCGAAUGGAGAUAACAGUCCAGCUGUAGCACCAACUACUGAAGAUAUGAGUGAGGCUGACAGUUCAGCUGCUGGGCCCAGUGACAUCACUGAUGCUGCUCCAGUGCCUGCAGCAUGCUCGUCAGACGAUACAGCACCAGAAUCGGCAUCUGCACCUGUUGCAACGGACACUGUCUAGGCAGAUGACAUUUGAGCAUUUGGAGCGGUCCUCUGCCCGCUCAACACUUUUCCCAAGCAUAUCUCCCAAGAGUAACCCUUCAGCAUGCAAGCAUAAUUAUCAAAUUGUUAGAUGACGGUCCAAGAUGGAUCUCGCUUUCUGUUAGAAAACCAGUUUUUUAAACCAGGAAAUGUGAAAAUUGUCUUAGAGCACUUGAUGUACAUGAUACAGACUUUGGAAGGAGUGUACAAAUCCACUUCUAUUAUUAACUGGCAUUCCAGUUCAUUGGUCAAAUUAUGGCGUGUGCAGACAGUUUCUUCACGCAAUUUAAGUUUUCAGAAUUUAUUUUUUAUAUUGCUUUCUGUGUGCUAGUGUGUUUGUUCAUCUUCAGCUGUUACGGUUCAUCAAAUAUCCUUUUAGCUGGUAUUGCUGCUGCAGUUUUGGUUUGUGCCCUUCGAUUUCCAUGUUGUUACAUUCCUACAGACGACUUUUGCUUUUGUGAAUGGUAUUGCAGCAGCAUGUUAAAGGAUGAGUGCCUUAUGAAUGAAGUUGUUUGCAUUUAACUGCAAAGCUUGUGCUUCAUUUAUGUGUAUAAAAUGUGUGUGUGUGUACAUAAUGACAGACUGGAACUGGAACUUCAGUUGGUAAUAUGAAGCUGGACAUUUCAAGGGAUUUCUCAUUUUGUGUGAUGGCAGUGAGCUUACUGUUGGCUUAAGUUUUUUUGAUGAUGUGUGAGAAUUUUUUCUGGGAGUGAAUAAUAAUGAUUUGACAUGAAAACAUGUUUUUUGUGUAAUUUAGCUCUUGAUUUAUUGAUACUGCAGCAGGACUGACUGACUGUUUUACACACACACACACACACACACACACACACAGAGUGGAAUCUUGAGACUGAAGAGUAGUAAAGGUUAAUCAUUAGUUGAAAAUUGAUGCAGUUGUUUCUUGUUACUGGUGAAUGUACAGCUUAAAAUUAAGUGGCAUUUUCCAGCAUGUCAUACAUAAAGUAAGAUGUAAAUAUGUUCAUUACCAACAUUGUUUAAUGUUACUAAUGCUUUAAUGAGCAGUACCCCUUUCAAAAUUUGAUGUUUUCAGUCUUGCAGGUUACCAAAUUACUGAUAAGAGAACUUUGUGUUAAGUUUGUAAUAAAACAGUGUAUGUCCUUUCAUUACAGACCAUCCUUUUAUAGCAGAUUGCAAAUUAAAUAGACAUUGAAGUACAGACAACUAAUCCAUUUUUUAAUCUGUUGGUCACGUGUUUCCAAAUGCUUCAUUAUUAUAUUUCAAUUUCCAUAAACAAGCAGUGUGUGCCUCAUUGCACCAUUCCUUCAUACUAGCACCCUGCGGACUAGUUGGUUUAAAAUAUUUAUUGCUAUUUACAAGUUUACCCAAGAACUCCUGCUAUGAUGGGGUGUUUAGUCUCUAUCUGAUACUGCUUUCCUGGCUCAUUUUCAUGUUCUUCAUGUAGUAUGUAAUUCUUACUUUUCCAAACAUGUAAAUGUCAUUAAUUUAUCAUCCAGUAUUACUGAAAUACAGCUUCUACUUUAGUUUCUAAUAGUUAACAUUCAUUCCCAGUAUUGGUGCCACCAGCCUUUAUAAUUCUGCACACAUCUGCUCAACCAAAAUUAGAAACCCUUUUACUGAAGAUUUUUGUUUAAUCUGAAAACAUUAACAGAAAACAAUUUGCCAUGACUGUACUUUUGGGGCUAAAUAUUUUAAAAAGAAAUGAUUGCUAAUUCUGUGAAAAAAGUGAAAAAGUGUAUUAUUGAAGAGUUUUUGUGUAACCUGCUAUUGAAAGUGUCCAUUGAUAGUUAGUUUUUGGGGUAGUGUGAUAAAAGUAACAUGGUUUCACAAAACACUUCUUCAGUUUACAUAUUUUUAAAUGUCUGCCUUGUGAAGAUGUUUGUUUGCCAACAAAGUUUCAAGUAUUUAGUACCGUAUAAAUGUCAUUUCACAGCAUAGCAAACAUGUACAGAUCACUUAAUAUCAGGUGAGUUUGGAACAUAAUACUAUGAAGGGACUGAUCCUCAGGUCACAGAUUUCCACUGGCUCUUUGUAUGAUAAAGGAAGGUCCAUACUUAUAUGUUUAGUAAAAGGUUUUCUACAAUUUCACCAAAAAAGUCACUGAGGUGACUACAGUGAAUAAAGAUGAACUAUUAAGGGAGUAAGAAUAUUUUAUUCAAUUGAAUUCAUUCAUUCAUUCAUUCAUUCUUUCAUUUAUUCAUUCUUUCAGUUGUAGCAAACAGUGUGAACCAUUAAGCUGCCAGAAGCUAAUUGCCAUGAUCUCUGCUCUGGAGGAGUUUCCAUUUUUGAAUCAAAAUAUAUAUACAAUGAAAACUGACUUAAUUUUAGAAUGCAUUCCCUAAGCUAAAAUGAAUGUUGAAAACAACUAAAACUUCAGAAGUCUCCAUUUUAUAUUGAUUUCUGAAAUAGAAUAAAAAUAGGCCACAGAAAUUUUUUUGGUUCCUUGGUUCAUCUUCAGUAUCAUGCCUUUGUUGCUAUGAUAUGCUUUCGUGUCUGAACAUGUUUGGGAUAGGUGACAUACAGAAGCUGAUACAGAAUUUUUCUAUUUAUGAACUUGCCAGAGAUUUAUUGGGAACUGAAAACAUGUACCAUGCUAUUGGAAGGAUUUCAUUAUUAUAAAACAAUUUAUUUCAUUCUUCAGAUUGGGUACUACAAUUUAUUACGUGACUGUCAAGAAAGACUUAUGUUCUGUCCUGAAACUGAACACAGAAGAAAGCAGAUGAAGUGACAUCUUGAUUGAUGUGACAUAUUUUGAUAGCUCAUUUGGAAAAUAACUUCAUGCAAAUUAUAGAGAUUCAUUGAUCAGUUUGUCCAACACACACACACACACACACACACACACACACACACACACACACACUUAGAACUAUGACAAGUGUAUGAUUUGGCUUAAAAAUGUCACAUAUUAUAAAAACAGGUAGGAUUUCUUCACUGUAAUAAGUGACAACUUGCCAGUGUGAAAACACUCAAGUUAGGAAUAGCAAGAUUAGCUGAAUAGAAAUCAAGUCACUCACUUUCAUAGGAAAGUACAAAAUCAGUUGUUCAUUAAUCACUGUCUAAUUUGUCAUACAGUUAUCAUAUAUUACAUCCAUUGAUUUGAUGUAUGUUUGUAUUAAAAGGGUGCUUUGCUUCUUGCCUGUAAGCACACUGUGCUAGCUAAAAACUUCACACUCCUUGCACAUAUUGUCCUAGAUGUCAGACGAUUUAAUAAAUAGACAAGCAUUUGGUCUUCCAUGAAUCACUGUUCAAAUGAUUGUCGCCGAUUCUGAAUUAGACGUAUAAAUAAUUGCUGAUAUUGGUAUCACUUAACUAAGAUGGAUAACUUUCAAAAAAAUUAAUGAAAGAAAAAAGGUUCACGCACCAGUGACAAUUUCUGCAAUAAUUUGAUCUUGUGGAAGUAGCUCAUUUGAUUAUUUAUAUUACUUUUGAGGGAACACAGCAAAAACUUUUUUUCCGAGUCUAGCUGUUUGUUUGCAGAAAGAAAUAAUUUGCAUACAAUUUUGUGAUAGUAACAGUAUUUUUACCUUCAGUUUCUCAAAAAUAAAUUGUCAUCUUGCAGUUCUGUAUUUAGUCAUUUUGUUGGAAAUAGUGUUGGUCAAGUGUUCAUAAUUGUUCUGCACCCUUAGCAUAUUACUGGUUUCAGAUCACUCUUUAAUAGUUAUCACAUGUAACAAAGAUGACUGUUCAUUGCAAAAAAGUUUUGUUAUUACUUAGUUGACCGUGUACAGGUUGAGAACAUAAACUACAUGAGAGCUGUUUUUGAUUACUGAGAUCUAUCAGUAAAAGUCCCCAUUUCAGUUCUUCAAACAGUAAGGCAGGAAGCUUACAGCUUCAUUCAGAUCUUACGUUGCUCAAUACUUUUCUUGACUCUCUAAUUCAGAGCUCUUAAUCUUUCAAACUGACUUUUAGAAAAAGUCAGUAUGGUACAUCAUCUUCAUAUAUCUUUAUUAUGGUGUUUCACUUGAUUUUCACUAUUACUACUUGGUUCCUUGUUUCAUACCACUUCUAUUCAUCAAGCAAGAAGAAAUGCUUUUUAUUCCCUCCUUCUUUCGCCCCUAGUCAGAUAACUUCAUAAAGACCUAGAGUUUAUAUUGUGGCAAUUAAGGUAUUAAACAUUCCACUGACCAUGUCCCAGUGUUGUAAAACAUGUUUGAAGAUAGUGAAGAGCACAGAUACUUUCAGCAAUGACUUAAAAUUUGUCUUCAACACAAUUAUGAUUUUUAAGAGGAGGAAACAUUUAAUCUUUGUCAAAAUUCCAGUAGAUGUGGAACACCUUCAGCAAGCUUUAGGUUUCAGAAUUGACUCGUGUAGUUUCUGUAAUAGGCUAACCUGCAUGCCUGAAAACAUAUAUAUAUAUAUAAAGACUGGAAAGUUGAAUUUUCAAUAUGAGGAAAGCUGCAGUGAAAGUGGAUUAAGUUUCCACUGUUUGGUACAAUUUCAGGCCACCCAGAAAGCACCUGUCAGUAGUCUAGAAGAUUUAUGUUAAAACACACAACUUCUGUUUUACUUUUAUGUAUUUAAAUUGCGCAAAUGCAUUGUGAAAUGUACAUAGGUGUGUGUGUGUGUGUGUGUGUGUGUGUGUGUGUGUGUGUGUGUGUGUGUGCGUGACGGAAUGAAUGAAUGAAUGAAUGAAUUUGUACACAUUCCUUUAUGUUGUGUUUUGUCUCUCUUGUUGAUGUAUUGAUAGCCUUAAAUUUUGUUUUAAACUUCCUCAUGAUUAGCUUUUCCUUAGACCAGUCGUGUGAAUAGCCAUGGUAUUGUUAAAACUUAAAUUCUGCAACACAUAUAGAAAUUACGAUAAAAACUAUCACAUUCCAGCCUACUGUUUUUGUCGUCUCAGAAUAUUUUACCUCUAACUUUGGACAGAACAUAAUAAUAAUUACUGUAACUUAAUUUCAUACCAAAGAAAACAUGUAAUGCUUUAAUUUUCAUCAAAUAAAUAUUUUCACCUAUUUUUAUUUCUUUGGAAAUUAUUUUAUGUACCUGCUUGAUGAAAAUUUAGGGCAAAAUCAUUUGUCUCACUGAAAUAGAAGUAUUUUGUUCCUAAGACGCAUUAUAUUUCUGUAUCUAUCAGCUGUGAAUUUUUUUGUAUUAUUGUUAAUGUCCCUUUUAUUUUGAAAAAGUAUGCUAAACAAUGUCAAAAAAUUGCUCUAAAAUCUUAUUCUUUGUAUGCAGUUGUGGCCAUUGAUAUGCUAGUAAUAUUGUUCAUAAAUUUGGUAACAAUUUAAAUCUGUUCAGUGACAGAGCUUCUAAAAACUGUUAAAAAAUUGGAAGUUAUUAUUUUAUAUUAAUGGAGUUGCUUUUUACAGACCACUUCUCCAUAGGUUAUUGUGAAAGUUACUUAUAUUGUUACUUAUUGGGCUUUAUAUAGACAUUUUAGUUUACUUUUCAUUGUGUGACUAGUAACUACCUAAUAUUAUGACAGUUUGUAAGAAACAAUGAAGAGUUGUUUACUACUCAUGGUCUCAAAAAUCCUACUGAAAACAAUCAAACUCAGUAUGCUGAUAAUGUACAGGUAAAUCUCAUUAUAUGUGAUAGUUAUGUUCCACUGAAUUGUCACACAUACUGGAGUUGUGUAAAUAGUGUCAUUUUAUAUGAGGUUAUGUUCUCGGUUACAUAUUAAGUUUAAAAAUAGUGUUUCUUGGUGUAUUUACCAAAACUAGGCAUUAUCAUCAUUCUGAAACACAUUUUAAUGCAAAAUUUAUACACUUAAAAAUUUAAUAUUGCAACACACAAUAAUAUAUGUAAAUCAUUAUUCUGUGUCCAGUGGACUCCCGGCCUGCUUUUGGCACAACCCUUUAGUGCCUUAAGAUUUUAAGCAGAGAAGAUCAGAAGAGAUUUUAAUUUGAAAUUCCAUGGUGCGUUUCCUCCAAAAAUAAGGGUGCAUCGGUCCUUGGCAGCCUUAAAUCCAGAUACUGUUUUUUUUUUUUUUCUUCAAUAGAACUGAAUAUGGGGCUAGGCAUUAGUUUCCAAAAUAAGCCUGUUUCAUCAAGGUUGAAAACCUACUUCACAGAGUAACUUCUUUCUGACACAAUUUCUUUAAAACUCUUUAAAUUCCUCAGCUCCUACAUCUGCCCUUGGUGCCUCUUCUCUCAUUUUAAUGUUACAAAAGUCAAAAUGAUGAUUGAAGCAAUUGAACCAACCUUAGGUGGCCAAGAAAGGUGCUGGAUCGUCUGCUUUAUUUGUUAAAUCCACUUACAAGCUCUUGGCUUUAGUUCGAAUAGCAGCUGCAUCUGCUACUGGUUGCCGUGCUGAAUCCCUUCUUCCCAUCAUCUCCAAAUGAGACUUGGUCACUGUAGUCAUAUAACUCAGUUGAACAGUGAGUUUGAAUUGACUUUGCGUAUCACUAAUAGUUCCCACAGUUGGUUCACAAAGUCCAGAAGCUUGCUGAAUGUCAACAAUACACUCACCUCUUUCAUAGUGAUCCAAAAUUCCUUCUUUGUUUCUAAUGAAUAUGACCACCAUACAGGCUUGUUUCCAUUGAUAGGCAAACUUUGAUUCCUUUUACCCAGCAUUUUGAAUAUAGACACUGUCAAGUGCAACUUACAGCUCUACUGACCUGACAUGGUGAUUAACAUCUCGUUAAACAUGACUGAAGAUGCCUGUUGAGAUGCGCCAAUGCAUUGCUGCUUCCGUGUAUUGUUAACAGAUGGCACCACUGGACUUAGAACAGAAAUAGAGUAUACGACAAAAUGUAGGUAAUGAAUCUGCAUAUAAUGGGAUUUACGUGUAUUUGUCUCAUUUAGCAAACCCUGGCAUAUGAGAAUUUAACACAGUUUAGAAGGGUUGUUUUCUUUGCUCUAAAUUAAAAUCUGAUUGAUUCCACAGCAGACUUGGUAGAGAUUGAAAAGGUCCAAUUUCAAACAUAAAGCAGUAAAUGUAUGCAGAUUGAAGAGAGAAGAAAUAUUACUAUUCCCUUAUUUAUUAUGCCUUGAAAUCAGUGAACGUAUUGCAUUUUUUCUUUGAAUAUUGCUUACAUUUUGAAAACUCUUGUUCUAUGGGCAUUAAAGAGCAAGAAAGGGGAAGUAAAAGUGACUUUGUGAAGAUUAGAAAAAACUGCAUUCAUAUACUGUAUUAUUUUAUAUGAAAGGGUGAAGGGUUCCACGGAGGAAGAGAAAGUGUGCCAUAUGUAUCUCAGUCCAGCUUCUCUGAUGCAAUAUUCUUGUGCAGUGUUACAUUUGUUGCUGACUGGUCUUUUUAACACUUUUCUACUAACUUAUGACUAUGUCUUAAUUUGUCUCUGAACUAUACGAAAAAAUUAUUUUCUGGGAACAUAAAGUGACAUUCUUCUGUAGUUUAUUUGAUGAUGGUGCGACAUCUCCCAUUAAGCUGCAUUACUGCUGUUCCUGUGUUUACCAUACAUGAAGGAGAAGAAGAAAAAAACACUUGAUUAUAGUGUUUAAAAUUAAGCAUAAGUGUUGUUUGGUAGUUGGUUUACAAUUUCACAAGGCUAAGUAUUUGCUGCUGGAGAAUAUGUUUCUCAUGUUAUGUUUUUUGUUGUACAAUACUUUACCAGUUCUCCAUUGGUUUAAUUAACUCAGUUUUAAAGAUGCUGCAGUUGGCAACUGGUUAAUUGUUCAAUUCAGCCUAGUAAUUGUUGUGAAUAAAGUAGAAACUGGAAUUGGAAUUAUUUUCAGUCGCAUUUACAUAUUGUAAAUGGACUGUUUUUUCUCAUACAACUAAGUAUAGAACUAAGCACAUUUCCAGUAUAUAUGUUGAAUGUUAUUUUGAAGACUGGAUAGUCCAUCUUGCAGAUGUGCAAAAUUUCUCAUAAUCAUUAUUUUCUUACAUGGAAAACAACUUUUGAGACAAAAUUAAUUUCCUAUGUGUUUGAUGUAUUUCAUCGACAAAGGAUUUCAUGUGUGGUAUUUAGUUUGCUAUGUACUUUGAUUUGUAGAUUUAAAUGUGUAACAUGAAUGUCUGAAGUGAAAAUACUGUGAUAUGGAGGUGCACGAACUUACCCAUUGCCAUAAAAGUAGUAGUCUGAAAUGCUAAACAUACAAAGAUCUUUUUGAACACUGUCAGGCCUUGGGAACUUUAAAGUUGGUUCUGUACUUGGAAAGACACAGAUAAGAAGUGAGGAAGAUAGAUAAAAACAGGCAGUGAUGGUGGACAAUGAAGUUCACUGCAAAUCCUGCACUCCUAGUUGUGAGAAAAAAGGUACCACUUGAGUGUAAGGAGUGACUUGCUCCAUUUGCAAUUAUGUUCUCACUCUGUCCAUUACCUGUGCAUUGAUACUGUUUCUUAACUGCCCUUUCUUCCAGGCUGUCAGAAUAUUGUUCUUCAAUCUCUUGCAUUCCUGUCAAUGGAUAAGUAGGUGCUUGUUAUUGGACCAUGUAUUUUGAUUUGAUUCACAAUUUCAUUAAUACAUUUGAGGCACAUCCAAUUUCCUUACAGGUUAAGUAAUUUGGUUUAUUUGCUCAGCUUAUUAAUAUUCUGGAGAAAGUUUCCACUCUGACCAAUCAAGACAGUCAUCCUGCAAUGCUUGAUAUCCUUAAAAUGCAACUUUUUGUUAGUUAUGGGAGGAGAUUUUGAUUUAUAAGAUUUUGUAGUCAUUUAGAAAAAACAUUUGGGCUCAUGUUUCUUUCAUAAGAUAGUAAUUUUUAUUUAUAGAUCUUAAAACGAAGCCACUAGCUUUGCUCUGUUUGAUUUUAAUAAAAAAUAUUUCAGUAUAUGUUGUUGCAGUUUGAUGUAAUGUGGGUAAAAUUCACUGAUGAUCUUAAAGUGAACUAUUCCAAUUUGAAAAAAGAAAGAAAAGAAGAAACUUAACAUUCAUCUGUGGAUAAUGAAGUUCGUUGACUCCUCAGUUGGUGCUUGGUGUUACAUGGACACUUCACUUGCCCCUUAACAUUUUGUGGCCAUUUAUUUCUAGUAAGUCAUUGCAAUUCUCAGUAGUCUUCCAUUUUAUCUUCCAUGGAUACUAGCAUAAAGAGAAGAGCAGUCAGUCUCGACAGUAUUUUGCAGGGAAGUGAUAUCAUUUUUCAGCAUUUUCACCUUUAUGAAAAGGAAGACAUAUCGCACAUAAAGUUUUCAUUAAGGAUUUAAUAACUUGAUAUUAAGAAGAGAAAAAUGCUUGAAAAGUGUGGUUUGGAUGUUCUGAUUUCCUUGCUCAGAACUUGGUUUGAAUCUAUAUUUCACCAUUUAUACACAAGAAUUGUUUUAAAUGGCAAUUGCUAUAUGAAAAGAGUUAAUGUAAAUUGCAGUCUAUUAUUCCAUUAUUCUAUUACUGCUGGAAAGAAGCCAUCAUUUAUUGAUGGAUGUAUAUCGGAAAACAGCGGUAUUAAAUGCCUACAGGAAAUUGUUUUAUAAUUUCAUAUCCAUAUUCUUUAAAAAUAAAUACUGUGUAUUUUUAUUUAGUGUUUUUAUUUACUGUAGUUCUCUUUUUAAAAAAAAUCUGACACUGUAUGUACUCUUGAUUAUUUAAAGUUUCAAAUGAAAAAUACUGGUUCUGUUGUUUACAAAAUUGUUUUCUUUGUUCAAAUUUAAUACAUUUUGGUGUUACACAUGUGCAGAAUAUUUUGCAAGUAAUUGUGAGAAAAUUACCCAGAAUUGCAUGUCAUCUUAAGAGCAUGAGACUUACUACCACUAGUGUGUGUUAACAUUUCACUUUUAAUGUUAUAUACAGCCAGUAUGCAACAGUACAAAGAAAAAGGAACUUGUACUUCACAUAUGUACAGUGAAAUGAAACAGAACAGCUGUCUGCCCUUAUUACAGAGCUACAGAAAGAUUAAAAGCACUUUAUAUGGAGCUAUUUUAAUUGAUUUUCUUUGUUUGAAUGUACUUUGUCAUUAGAUUAUUGUAUAGUUGAGGGGGCAUAUUUUGUGUGUAUAUGAAAAGGAUGCAGGCAGGACUGUUGGAAACUUUUAACUGUUUUUACUAGUGCUGGUGUACAGAUUAUUUCUCUCUAGGAAUUUUUGUACAGUUCAUAAAAUUCAGCUUGCAUGAGCAUGCAGGUAACAGAAAAUUAGAAAGUGUAGCAGUCUCAUUACACCUGCCAACCAUUAGAAAACCCUCUGGAUCUACAUCAGUUGGACGAGAGGUGCCAUUGCUGUACCUGUUUAGUCAUAAUAUUUCACAUGAACGUUAUUUUGGUUAGAGUUCAUACACUAAAAAAACUAAUUACAGUAAGUCAUACGGCAGUUAGGACCUAUUUUCUGUUGAAGUUUGUAUUGUGUACUUUUCCAGCAGACAUGUUGAACGCUUUUGGUCCAUAUUUCCUGAUGCCUGCAUGUGAUUUAGAUGUAUCUGCAGCUAUCAAUUAAUCAUUAAACCCUUGGUGUGUUUGUGGGUAUUGUGUGAUUAAUAAAGACUGUAACACAUUGCUCUUAGUUCUAGCAAUUAAAUUUUUAGGCUUAAUUCAAAAAAUUUACAUGUAUCUAUAGGACAUUGUACCUACUUACAUUGAUUAUCCUGUGAUAAUUUAAUGUCUUGCCUGCACUUUUUCAAACUCCCGAAACCCAUGCCACAUUGAAAGAUAACUAGAACAUUUUAAAUAAUAAAAGUAGAACUUUCAUGAGAAAUAAAUUACAAAAAAUUGCAGACCGCAUUUUCCCCUUUUCCGUCCCUAAAUUAACCAGUUGUAUAACUUGUAAUUUAAAUGAAUUGAUUAAAAUUAAAUGGAAUUGUACAGUAAAAUGGUAGCAUAAUUGAAAGUUCCAAUAUCCUUAAAAUGUAAGCAUGUAAAGGAAAAUCCUCAAUUGUUACGCUUAAUUUUUUCAGGAAUGAAAUUUACUAAUUUGAAGUCAGUAAUAUUUCAAUUUAGUAUUUGUUCAAUAGAUAAUUUGAAAGUGAAAAUUGCAGUUCAAAUGUGCAUGGUUUGGAAAUGAUGACCUGAAGGGCAGGGAGAUGAAUGUUUUAUAUAAAUACAGAAAGAGUUUCAGGCUGGAUUUGUGAAGUAGACAGUGCAGAAAUGAUCUCUUCAUGUAUAAAAAUGUGUAAUUACUGUGAAUAUAUGUGUGUGUGAGAGGUUGUGUGGGUGUGAGUGGUGUAUAUCACAAAUUCAAAGUAAAAACCUUCAUAAAAAUAACAAAAGUGAAAAUACAAAAAUGUUGAAGCACUUGGAUUUUAUUCUUGGUAUUCUAUUAUAGACAGAAAUAUAAUAAACAAAAAGAGCACUGAUGAUAAAGAUUAAAAAAUACAGUUUGAUAGAUUACGAAUGUGAUAGGGAAAGCAAAGUAUUUCAAAGCCUGUUUUGACUUUUAAUUUGUUGUAAAAUAAGUAUAACUGAAACAUUUCAAGUGUGAAUGACAAUAUGAAUAAUUUUUAUGCAAUAGACUUCACUAAUUAUUGUGUUACAAAUCGAGAAAAAGCAGUAUGUAAUGAAACUGGGCAUUGUUGGUGUACCAAAAUGCUGAGGCAUUAAUUCUUCAGCUUGAAUUUGUUUGAUAUGUGGGGUUUGUUUAACACACUUUUGUUUCACAAUCAGAGAUGUGUUGGUUUUUGUAACCCCAUAUAAAUAAAAUGAAUCAUAAUGUC